GGCGAGGGCGAUGGGGCCGAAGGUCGCGAUACGGAGAAAAAGAAGCCGAUAAUGGCGUGCCUGUUCUGCCGCGAGCGGAAGAUCGCGUGUGGCCCUCCGCCGCCUGGCGGGCCACAUCGGUGCAACCAAUGUACUCGUCGGGACCUGGUGUGUGAGUAUCCAAAGGAGUCGCGUCGCGGCCAACAUAAGCGUGGCACCCGCGCCGCGCGUGUCGAAGCC